GUUGGACAACAACGUGGUUAGAAAGUUGAAACACUAAUAGCUGCCUGGAGGCGCCUUUCGAAGGCCAAUCAAUGCAGUAAGGAGGAUCACCUUUCAAGAUGGCGGCGGCGUCUCCGCUUCCUCCCAGCGCUUCCCGCCCAAUUGCAAAGAGCAAGUUGAAGCGCGGCGCCUCUGAUCUGAUUGACCCGCUCUUCUACAACCACUUGCUGGACGAGCUGCGCCAGCACCAGGAUGCAGGGACCGCCUACUACGGGAGCUUUCUCUACGAGCCACAGCCCGUGCCAGCGAGCCUGCUGCUCCCGUCAGGAACUCCCAUCUUCCAAUCUGAAGAUCACACUUCCCUGCCCCAGGCUGGGAAGAAUGCGGCGGUGUUUGAAAGGGUGGCGUCAGCCAAGGUCAACAAGGAUUCGGCGGGCGUCAAGCUUCUCACAGAACCGCCAGAGUCAGUGCGGUCGCGAGUUCUGUCCCAGUCCCCUGCCGGCAGACCUUUGCAGCGGGCGGGGUCGGGCUUCAGAAGCCCGCCGGUCACUGGAAAGCCCAGUGACCUGAAGCCGGCGGUGGAAGCUGUCACUUUCAUUGAGAAAGCAAAGUCGCACUAUGGUGGCUCCAGCGCGGGGGGGUGGAAGGAGCAGCUGUCUGCGCAGCUGAUCCAGCGCGCGGCGCAGUGGGAGCACGUGGACCUGCAGAGCAUGCCCUUCUCGGAGGAGGAGGCCAUGCUGGUGCUCGUGGGCCGCUACAUCCUCGGCAACUGCUGGACCGACGUCGCCAAGUUCCUGCCGGGACGGACUGGCAAGAUGGUCAAGAGCUUCUGGCACAGCAAGCUGCGCCCGCGCUACUACAAGUACGGCUGGAAGGGACGGGAGCUGUCCCCGCCCCCUGAGCUCCACAAAUCGGCACAGAUCCGGCCGGGCAGCGCAGCGGGAGAGGGGCUGAAAGGAGGUGCGGGGGAUACAGGUGGGGAUGAUUCAGAGGACGACGAGCCGAGGGAGGAGGUGGAGGAGGAGACCAACGAAGAGGCGCUGGCCAGGGAGCAUGCACUGAUGCAGGCGGCCCUGGCAGCGCGGGACCCCGCUGCUGUGCUGCGCGCGUAUCACCUGCAGUACGAGCGGCUCCUGGCGGCGAUUGAGGAGCAGGCGGCGGCGCGGAAAGACUGGGAGGAGCGCUGCUUUCUGUGCAAGGACGGGGGGGACCUGCUGUGCUGCCAAGAGGGGCAUCGGGAGGGGGGAGCACCCUGCUGGAAGGCAUACCACGUGGCAUGCCUGGGGACGCGGGCCCCGACUUCUGAGGACUCUUUCUGGUGCUGCCCCCGCCACGCCUGCGCCAGCGACCGCUGCUCGGAGCCCGUUCAAUCAGAGUGCGCCACGUGUUCCAAUUCGUACUGCGAGCAGCACAGGCAGGGACACCUGGACCCUCAAUCGCCAGACAAGGCGGGCGGCAUGCAGCGCAUCGUGUGUGACAGGUGCCGAGCGCUGCGAGGGGAUAACCAGAGCGAGGCGGGGGGGAGGGGUGCGGCGAGCGAGAGCCCGACGGCCGCAAGUGAGCGGAAGAGGCGGCAGCGGCAAAGAGAACGAGACGAGGCGAAGCGGGUCGAGAUGGAGCGGCAGCGGGAGAGGCGGGAGAGGGACCGCAGGAAACGCGAGGAGGACGCAGAGCGCGAGCACGCUGACGAUGCGGACUCGCCGGAGUGGGUGCGCAUGCUGAGCUCGAUCAAGCACAUGCCCACUAACAACGGCGGCCCAAUCGUGUCACGCAUCGAGAAGGCGACUGCACUGGCGCGGGGCCGCGUGCAUCCGGAGGUAAUUGCGCAGCUGCAGCUGGCGGUGAGCGCGGCCGUGUACAAGAGCAACGCCGCGGGCAACACGCGCAACCAGGCGCUGGCCGCCAUUGAUCUGCACCGCACCCACGAGCGCUGCGAGAAGGGCACGCUGGAUGACAUUGCCGACGACCCAGACGCAAGCUAGUGGUGGGCUUCUCUUGGAACGAAGCGCGUCGUGGAGAUCGACUAUAAAAGUGGAUAAUAGUUUCAGACCCCACCGUGAGGCGAUGAGAGAACCAUGCGCUUAAUUGAUCCCCAGCACAUUUUCAAGGGAUAUCAGGGGUCCUUUCAUGCACGCAAUUGAGGGGUCCACGCAUGCACGGGCUGCAAGUGCACGUGCUGUGAUUUACAUCGACGAUUAUGUGGAAGGAGCCGCAGAAUGCACUAGUGGAGUCAGAGAUGCACGGAGCUGGCCGACAUCAAUCACGCAGCUAAGUUCUUAGCUUGGUGUACGUUGAUAGCUGCAUACUUAGCAUAGCUCGAUUGCAUGUGAGCGCAGCCGUACUGCAACUUAAUGCAAGCAAUCGAGGAUCAGCCGGUGAGUUCGACAUAUAGAUCUAGCCUUGGGCGGCCCGUGCACUGCCUCUGCAGCUUGAAAACAACAUGUAGAUUGUUGACUUGAGUCACUCAGUUGAUCAUCUACCGAUCCGACUUUCUUCUGAAGCAUGUAUACACUCG